CUCGCCCCAAGCCAUAGACAUCGAGCCAGGCAGAGAGAGAGGCGGCGCGCACGGAGUCGAUUCCUCCAUCACUUCCCCCUCCAACCUCUCUGAAGAGGCAGCGGCGUUCACGCCCCACAACCACCACCGCCAUCCUCCUCCCACCACCAUCAUCAUCAUUAAACAUCCUCCCUCCUCCCACCACCAUCAUCAUCUUCAUCAACCAUCCUCCCGGCACCGGUCACGUCACCAAAGCAGGGGAGACACCGAGAAGGAGACACGGGGAAGAGAGAGACACAGAGAGAGACAAAGGCGGACGCGCGGCGCCUGGUGGUGGUAGGCGAAGGGAAGGCGCCGUAAGAGGAAUAUUACGCGGACAGGGGAGCGGCGGGUCGGGGUGAGGUGUGUGGUGUGUGGGGGGAGGGGGCAGGUUUGUAACAAGGAGACACGCGCAGAUGCAUGCGUGAGAGAGGGACAAGCCUUGGGAAGAAGUGGUGGUGGUGGUGGGGGGAGAAACAAAGACGGACGGGAAGGGCGCGGAGAGAGAGACCGGGGAAGGAGAUUGAGGCACGGAGACGGACACGGAGACUAGGGGGGAGACGGCGAGACACACGGACACAGGGCAGAGACACACGGAGACACGAAGGCAGACGGGGGGGAGAGUGAGAGAGAGAGAGAGGCAGGAUUCUGGAGGCAACAGCGAGGCGGAUAUAGGACAGGAAGGAGGCACUGUACAGACCGGGAGAGAGGGCGACGAGGACAUAUACAGGGGAGACGCGGGCAGACAAACACGGGAGACGGGACAGAAUGGCCACGGAGGGCGCCAUGCAAAUGCUGGAGGCCGCCACCGCCUCCCUAACGGUGCAGAGCACGGACGUACACGGCCCCGGCCACGGUAACGCUGCGCCCGACGCCCUGCCGACUCUGGCAGCACGCAGCGAGGGUGCCGCCCUUGAGGAGCGCUGGGGCAUCCCUCGGAGAGAGCUCUUCAUCCUCGCCCUGCGGUUUUACAAAGGUGCUCGCAGACCGGGACCGGACUCAACAGCGUUUGCGGCCAACAUUGUGGGAGAUGACGUGAGAUUGGAAUCGUGUCACAGCGACAACGUGGGUGAGGGUUUCCCUGCAAGCGCCCAGGACCGUGCUCGGCUGCAGGCGGCGUGUGAACGAGCCGAGGCCGAGGGGGUGGUGCCCGGCUCCCAGGUCGAGUCGUCGGGGUCGCGGCCGGGGGACACGGGCGACUCGGCCCCUUCGGACGACGCUCGCGCCCACUUCACGCAGCUGCUUAUCGCCCACUGCCCGCUUUUCGUGUCCUACAUGCUUGCCCAGCGAAGCGAAGGGCGCAGCCUAGGUGAGCUGCAUGGACAGGUGGAUGGAUUAGGCAAAUCUCAGAGUGAGGUAGCGAAGGUGUUGGGCCCUGAUGGAACCCUCAUGCCCCUGAAAAAAGAAAAACCCGCGAUGGUGCCACCCGUGCUAUGGACGAGCAGCGAACUGCGGCAGUUCAAGACGCGCGUGGCGCAGGAGCCACACGGAGUGCUGCGCAUUGGGUGCGGCGAGGUGGGCACCGUGCGGGUCCCCACCCGCCCCGGGGCCUCACACCUCUGCUGGGAGUUCGCCACGGACAGCUACGACUUGGCAUUCGGCCUCUAUUUCGAGUGGAACGAGGAGCCGGGCUGCGACGUCACGGUGAGCGUGAGUGAGUCCAGCGACGAGGAGGACGAGGACGAUGACGAGGGCGUGCAGGGGAGCGGCGAGGGUGGAGCCGGCCCCGUCGGAGCCGCAGCCACAGCAGACGGCGGCAUGGGAGACGUGGAGCGGGGCAGCAGCCGCCCCUCGGAGCCGCCCCUCGACGAGGUGGAGCCCCUGUGCCGUCGCAACUGCCACGAGCUGGUGCAGUGUGGCACGCACUGCUACCCGGGCAUCGGCCUCUACCACCUCAAGUUCGACAAUUCCUAUUCGCUGUGGCGCUCCAAGACCCUUUACUACCGCGUGUACUACAACUGAGUUAAGGCCACGCUGCUCUCGGGCGAUUAUUAGGGCAAUCGUUCAACCGGUUCUGGCAAACUUGUGGUAGUGCAGUGGCACAGAGUAAUGGAGUUCUAUCUGGCCAAUGAUUUUGUUGAAAAUUGUGACGGAACAAUGAUUGGUCCACAGACCGCACCACAUUGGGUCGUUGUGUGACUUUUGAAUGAUGAUUGGUCUACUGAGUAAACCCCCUUGGAUUUUUAUAUGACCUUUGUCUCUUAUCUGAUUGGAAAGUUGCUGUCACAUUUGAUCUCUAUGUGCAGCAGAUUUGUCCACCCUUUAGGCAACUACAUUUUUCAAAUAAGAAACGGAGCAACAAUGAUUGCUGAUGGUAAUUGCCGGCAACAAUUGCCCUACAUUUUCCCUAGUGUCUCGUGCCCUUCAGGAAUCGGGAUUGAAUGAGGUGGGGAUUCUGGACAGAGGUUUGGUGUAGGCAUGUAAUAAUUCACAUCCCCACUGUGAUUGGAUGAUUUGUUAUUGAGGGUCAUGAUUCGAUUCAAGAACUUAUUUGUUAUUGGUUUGCAGGAUUUACAGGGUUUACAUGAAACAAACACGUACAACGUGUUCACAUCAACAGUCAUAGAUUCCUAAACAUGUGAUUCAAUGCACGUAAUUGUGAGCCUAAGAAUAGAUUUUGAUUUAUGAAUCAAUGCAUCUUUACAUCUUAAGUAAAACUUAAAUUUGCUAUAUUCUUAUCCUUACGAUACACGGCAUGAAACAGCAUGUAUAAGAAUUGAAUGGAUACAGCCCUGCAACCACUGUACAGUCCACUCGUUCCACCAAACCGAGAGAAACGAACGGGGACCUCCAAUCGUGGAAGGGGACGAAUCGUUACAUGGGUUUUUUUGGUCAGGAAGGGGGCCUCGCUGCAGGGGGAGGCUUUAUGGGAGAGGGCGAGAAGCCCCACGCUGGGUGGGGUGGGGAGCUUAGGGGGAAGCAGUGAAUUUGACUGCAAACAGGAAAGUCCACUGCGGGGUUUGCGAUGAGACGGACAAGUCCCGCGAGUGAGGUGGCGGUCGGUCUGUUGCGAGCCUAGGGUGGGCGGGAUGAUUCGCUGUAGCCAUGGAAUCAACGGAGGAGCAGCCUUUCCUGUGAGUCGACCAAUCCAUCGGCCGUACAGAAAGUCUCGAAAGUGGGAUACUCCAUACGACCAGAUCGCCACGUUUGUCAGCAGCAACAAAAUGUGGCCAUUCGUGUGCUUGAACGCACGGAAAGGGAGCGCCUCCCCUUUCGCAAUUCCGAAAGUACUCGUGCACUCACCUGUGAGGUAGUUGUGUAGUCAUUGUUAUGAUUAUUAUUAUUUUGUAUUUACCAUUCCCAAAUUAACUGUGUACUAGUUUUCGAAAAGCCCAUGUUUAGCACCGUUUGUUGGACUCGGCAUUUGCGACGAGACGUUAUCUGAAGGGCGUUUGUUACAAAUUAACUUAUAUUGUUAAGACGAGUCUGUCAAUGUUGUGUGUUCAUAUGCUUUAGGAGGUGGGGGCAGAUGUGUUCAAGUGCAACAAGGGUUAGUUGAUAACGAGUCAGUGUCGGAUGGGCAGGGGGUCUAAGCUGGGGUUAGAGUUAGGCAGCGAACUGUGUUUACCCGUCUGGUUGGGAAGCGGUACACUUUGUACCGCACCUGUGUUUCUCAAGUUGUAGACCGAAGGUGUAUCCGCCAAGCAGCGGACAGUUGUCUGUGGCUCAACCUCACCAACUCUUGUAGCCAUUAUUAAGCCUCUUUGUAACAUGUUUUUGUCAUGAUUUUGCACAUACCUUUUGCCAUCGGGAGACCAAUAACCCCCCCCCCCCCCAUUGUCCAAGAGCACGCAUUAAAAGAUUGGGUCGCCCGUGGGAAUGGAGUUCCUGCUAACAGGGCCCACCUGCACAUGCUGUCACCAACCCAGAGCAAACUCUCCGUGGACUAGCGGCAAAAUCAGAAAAUAUUUUGUGAGAAAUGAAGCCCUCACUGGCUUGCCAUAAUUUCACGACGGCUGAGUUGGUGGCAGCAUCGACAAGGUGGAAUCAAUCGCAGCCUCCUAUAACGAGCGGAAAUAAUUUUGCAGAGUAAGACGACAAAGUGGCGUUUUGUUGAGGUUUUCCGUAACCUGGAACGCCGCCGUCAUGUGGUUGCACUGAGCAGGAGCCAGAAAAUCUGGAUGAAGAAACCAUCUCCGCUCAGGCAGGCCGAAGGCUCUGUAACUAACGAACACCAGUGCCAGGUUUAACAGAGAUUGUCGCUUUAUUGUGUUAGUUGCUUGUUUAAAACAACGGACAUGCAAAUUAUACGUGCUCAUAAAGUACACGAAUAGAAUUUAAAGUUUCACCAAAUAUGCUGCCAUUUUCGUAAAAAAAAAGUUCAUCCCGUCCAGGCACAAGGGAGGACAUUACAGGCCCCAAAUGGCCAACUUGUCACUCUGAUCAUUCGUAUUUAUUCCACCACGUGUGUGCACAAACACAUUUAGCAAAAUGUACUUGCACAUUUUGUGCUCCAUUCACCUCAAUGCUAUUGGCAAAUAAAAUUACUUUGCUAAAUGUAAAA